CAACACAAAGAGCAGUGAAGAAGGGAGGUCUAAAAGAAAAUGGUCUAGAAAUUUCUAGGGCAGAAACCUCCCCACCCAAAAUCAUGCCUACAAACCAGAAAUCAAACCUCAAAUCAUCUCAAUUACAUACUCUGAAUCUACCAAUUUCAGAUGAUGAUGAUGAUUUUGAAAACCCUAGCCAACUAAUUUCUCUCACCCAAAACCUUAAAUCUCAGAAACCCAAGAUUGUUUCUCAAUCAAAGAAGACGAGGAAAUCAAAAAGUAGCAAACUUGGUAAAGAGAAUAUUAAAGUCAGUACAGUUGCAGAAAAGGGUUUCAUUUCUGAGGUAAGGGUUUCUAAUUUUGCGGAGUUAGAUGGUAAAAGUCAAAUUGAGUUAACUGUUGAUGAAUUGAAAGUAAAUAAUACUCAGAUAGAUUGUUAUUUUGACGCGAUUGAAUCAACUAGGGAUAGAUUGGUUGAAAGGGGCAAUGGUGGUGGUGGUGAAUUUGAAAGAGAUGGAUUGAUUGGAAGGGCUAGUGGUGGUGGUGGUGAAUUUGUAGGAGAUAGAUUGGUUGGGAGGGGCAAUGGUGGUGGUGGUGGUGGUGGUGAAUUUGAAGGAGAUAGUACCCAGAAUGAUUUCUCCGUGGAGGUGAUUGAAUCAACUAGGGAUAGUUUGGUUGAAAGGGGCAGUGGUGGUGGUGAAUUCGAAGGAGAUAGAUUGGUUGGAAGGGCCAAUGGUGGUGGUGGCGCUGCUGCUUCUGCUGAUUUUGAAGGACAUAGAUUUGUUGGAAGGGGCAAUGGUGGUGCUGCUGAAUUUGAGGGAGAUUACUCCCUGGAGGCAAUUGAAUCUACUAUGGAAAAUUUGGUUAAACGGGGCAAUGGUGGUUUUCAUGAAAAUGAUGUUUCAGAAAUGAGUGAUGAAUUGGAAGAGACCCAGGAAGAGUGCUCCUUGGAAGUGAUUGAGUCCACGUUGCUCGAGAAUCGCAGCUUGGAUAUUGAUGAUAAUGGGGGUUCAAGCGAAUUUAGUGGAGAACAAUCGGAGGAGGAUAUUAAGAAAAAAGGGUUUGAAUUGGAUGAGAAGAAGGGUUAUCUAUCAAAUUCAGUGGAGAGUAGGUUAUUAGCAUCUAAAAGAAUGCCGGGGACUAGUUAUAGUGUUCGGAACGAAGAUCACUUGGAUGAUAUAAGUGUAACUGAUUUUGAACUAGGUACAGAGCUGAAUGUGUUGAUGGAGUUGUGUUCGGAUAUAGGCGAGGAGUUAAAUGCAAAAGGGAGAGAACUAAAUGGGUCUGAUUGUGGUUUGGUUAAGUGUCCUUUGUGUGGUACUGACAUUUCUGAUCUGAAUGAGGAAAUGCGAUUAGUCCAUUCCAACGAGUGUCUUGAUAGAGAUGAAAUGCAAGGCGUAGUUGCUCCUCCUAGCGCUGAAACAACACCUGUAUUGACUCGACAAGUUGGUGACACGUCUCGUGUUAUUCAGUGGCUCUGUGGACUUGGCUUAUCUAAAUAUGAAGACGCAUUUGUUAAGGAAGAGGUUGAUUGGGAAACACUGCAUUGGCUCACGGAAGAGGAUCUAUUCAGUAUUGGAGUUACUGCACUUGGUCCAAGGAAGAAGAUUGUGCAUGCACUGAAUGAGUUGAGGAAAGAGAAUCAACACGCUGGUGGCAGGCAUGCGGAGUCUUCUAGACAUAGUGUUGAUGACAGCAAGAACUUACCUGGGAAUAAGCUAAUUACGGAGUUUUUUCCGGGUUCGGUUGCUGUUGAUAGGAGAAAAAGUUGCCCAGCCACCAGUGGACUGUCCAUGGUUGAAAGAAAUAACAACAGUGGACGGUCUGUGGCAGCAAGGAGUAGCAAAGAUUCUGGUCGUAAAAGGGUUGUGUCGAGGGACCAUGGUAGGAAUACAAAAGUCAGAGACAUACCUUCAUGGUGUUCUGUACCAGGAACACCAUUUCGAGUGGAUGCUUUUCGGUACCUAAGAGGAGAUUGUACACAUUGGUUUCUCACUCACUUUCAUAUGGACCAUUACCAGGGUCUUACAAAGAGUUUCUGCCAUGGGAAGAUUUAUUGCUCCUCGAUCACAGCGCGGCUUGUAAAUAUGAAGAUUGGGGUUCCAUGGGAUAGAUUAGAAGUCUUACCGCUCAACCAGAAGAUUAGCAUAGGUGGUGUUGAUGUGACAUGUGUAGACGCAAAUCACUGCCCAGGUUCCGUUAUCAUUCUCUUUGAACCAUCCAAUGGCAAGGCGGUUCUACAUACUGGCGAUUUUCGGUUUAGUGAGGAAAUGACAAACAUUUCUGUUUUGCAAUCGUGUCCAAUCAGCACGCUCAUCCUUGAUACCACUUAUUGCAACCCAGAGUAUGAUUUUCCGAAGCAGGAGGCUGUAAUUCAGUUUGUCAUCGAUGCCAUCCAAGCUGAAGCUUUUAACCCAAAAACGCUUUUUCUAAUUGGAAGCUAUACAAUUGGGAAAGAAAGGCUUUUCUUGGAGGUUGCUCGAUGUUUGCGAAGGAAGGUAUAUGUAGGUGCAGCAAAACUGCGUAUUCUUGAAUGCUUGGGGCUUUCCAAAGAAGACAUGCAGUGGUUUACAGUGAAUGAACACGAGAGUCAGAUUCACGUGGUUCCAAUGUGGACGAUUGCGAGCUUCAAGCGGAUGAAAUACAUAUCAAAUCAAUACUCGAAUCUUUACAAUCUGAUAGUUGCUUUUUCACCAACUGGGUGGACUUUUGGCAAAGGAAAAAAGAAAUCUACAGGGAGAAGGUUUAAGCAGGGUACCACUAUCAGGUAUGAAGUUCCAUACAGUGAGCAUUCCAGCUUUACAGAGCUAAGAGAAUUUGUUAAGUUCAUUUCCCCACAGCACAUCAUCCCAAGCGUGAAUAAUGACGGUCCUGAAUCCGCAGAAUCCAUGAAUUCUUUACUCAUUUCCUGAUCUUAUAACUGGCCUCACCGCAAAACAAGAAAAAGUUGAAACCUCUCAUUUCUACAUUUUCUGUUGUACCCCCAUAUUUCGGCAGUAAAUCUGUAUUUGAUUGUUGUUAAAUAGUAUCAACAGUAAAACAAAUGUAUUUCCUGAUCUUCACUCUGGAAAACAAAUGUAUCAACAGUUUUGGGUGAUAAUUAAAUCAAAUUCUUUUCCGAA